AUGAACAAACACGGUAAAGAGGUUGAUCAGAAGCAAAUGAGAAACCACUUUGACUACUACAAAUCAAAGUAUGUUGCUUGGGUGAAACUGAAAAACAAAACCGGCAAUAUAUAUGACCCUAUAAAAAAUAAAUUUAACCUGACUGAUGAACAAUGGAAGAAAGAGGGGAAGUUGAACAAGUUCGUGUUGUCAUUGAAAACUAAACCCCUGCUGUUUCCUGAACUUUGCUCCCAACUAUUUGAAGGGUCGACCUCAACCGGCUUUCAAAGUUGGGGGCCAUCUUCUACACUCCUUCGUCCUGUAGAAGAGUUUAGUGCUCAUGAUUUUGAUGAUGAUGUUCCAAUGGAAACCUCAACACAACACAUAGGUGCAAGUGAAGAAUCUUUAGGGCGUUCAAAAAAUACGGAAGUUGGUGGAAACAAAAAAGUUGGUGGGAAAAAAAAGAGAUGCAAGGGCAUUAGAAGUUAA